AUGACAAACUCAUAUCCUUCGGGCUCACCGGGGGUUCCAGACUCCGGCAUGCCUACUGGAGCUCCCGGUUUCAUGCCUCGAAGAUCUUCAUAUGCCUCUGUUGUAUCUGGCAUAGCUGCCGGUAACUCUCAACAAUAUGGACAACCUUCAAGACCCGGCCAUUUCGCAAAUCUUCUAAAUUCGAACACACACAUGUUAAAUCAACAACAUGAUUCCAUUUACUACGAUCCAAAUUAUAAUGGGCGAUACGGAUAUGGGGUAUUCUCCGGGUAUGAUGAGGAAAAUGGUAAUGGCGGGGUCAAUCAAGGACGAUCAGGAUCAUGGGGUAGAGGAGGACAACUACCAAGUUUCUCAAGCGCUUUUGGUUCACUCGCAAAUGAGUUUUCUUCACUCCCCAAUGGGCAUGGGUACGGGGGACUUGGUGGGAAUACGGACCAUUUCUUUGUACCCUCAUAUCUGAGGGGAUCGAAAUAUGUGCAAAAGUUAGAGGAAGCGCACAAGGCAAAGGUCCUGGCGCAUAGAGAUGGGUCAGCCCCGUCAUCACAACCAAAUUCUCUUUCAACUAGUGCUAGCAGUGUCAAUCUACAUGCAAAGAUGGUCCCUUCGCAUCGAGGUAGACCUUAUGACCUCGUCGAAAAAACUCCCCUCAUCGAAGAUGAAACCUUAUCCCCGUUGCCAAGCAAAUGGAGUACAACAGACAAAUUUGGAGCAUUGGAAGUCGCAAAUGAUGGCUUUGAGGUGAAACUGACGGGCCCGAAAUCCAUGAACGAUCGAGAUAAUGAGGCUUCCGCCAUCAGAUCCGAUCACCCCAUGCCUCCCCAGUGUGGAAUUUAUUACUUCGAGGUAACAAUUUUGUCGCGGAAGCGAGAAGAUAGCUCUAUUGGUAUUGGAUUUUCCACCAAAAAAAUACCCUUAUCAAGGUUACCGGGAUGGGAACCUGACUCUUGGGCAUAUCAUGGUGACGAUGGUCAUGGGUAUGCUGGUGCAAGUGUUGGAAAAGCUUAUGGCCCAUCAUUUUCUACAGAAGAUGUAAUAGGUUGCGGAGUCAACUUUUCAACUGGUACCGCCUUCUUCACAAAGAAUGGAGAUCAUUUAGGUAUCGCAUUCCGAGAUGUAACUGGAAGGGGCGAGCUUUUUCCAUCUGUUGGUAUGAAGAAACCCGGCGAGCAUGUUAGAGUAAAUUUCGGGCAAAGUCCGUUCGUCUACAACAUAGAUGAAAUGAUCUUGCACGAAGAAUGUCGAAUUAAGAAUGAGAUCGCUUCCACUAGUACUACAAAACUUCAACCGCCAUUGAAUGAAACGGAAUUGAUUCAAUCUUUGGUUCUACAAUUUCUAACACAUGAUGGCUAUGUCGAAACGGCAAGAGAAUUCGCGAAUGAAGUUCACUCUGAAAAGAAGGCAUUGAACAUGGAUCCUAACGUUACCAUACCAGGAUUCGAUAUCAAAGAUGAUCAAGAUGCUAGCCAUAGGCAACGCAUACGCACAGCAAUAUUAGAAGGGGAUGUUGAGCAGGCCCUCAAAUAUACUAACGCAUAUUAUCCUCAAGUUCUGAAAGACAACGAACAUGUUUAUUUUCGAUUAAGAUGUCGCAAGUUCAUCGAAAUGGUUCGACAGAUGGCAGAAAUGCAUAACUCCAAUUCUACCAACGCAUCGAAAAAGAAUUCGGCGCAUAACGGGGAUUGGUAUGAUGAUAUUCUAAAUCAUGACAUGGAACUGGAUGAUCAUCAACCCCAGGCGAACAAUUGGGAUAGGAUGGAAACGGACGGCGGUGAUAAUUUUGAAAUCGAUUAUCAGAAUUUGCUAUCAGACACAUUGUCAUAUGGACAGGUCCUUCAAGCAGAAUUCAAGGACGAUCCAAGAAGAGAGGUUAGCAAAGCUUUGGAAGAUGCUUUCUCGUUAAUUGCAUACAAAGAUCCUAUCAAUGAGAAAACCGUCUCUCAUCUCUUGGAUCCGAGUGGAAGAGUUGCUGUAGCAGAGGAAUUGAACUCUGCUAUUCUUCUCUCCCUCGGCAAAUCAUCCUCAGCGGCCCUUGAACGUGUCUACCAACAAACAACAGUACUUCUAGAAGACCUUAGAGAAUCGGGAGGAACGGGAGCUUUUGUUAAUAUUGAUAGUUAUACGAGACCGAGGAGGAAUGAUGGCGCAAGUAGAAAUCAUAGUCAGGGUUAA